AGAAGUCAACGACGGACAGAUAUGUCUUCAGCCGGACCUGCUGACCCUUUGUGAGGGUUAAAGUGCGUUUUUAAAAUCCCCUGAUAGCGUUUAUAGCUCCUGGCGCAAGCGUCAAAAUGAUGCGCUUCCUGCUGCUCUUCAGUCGCCAGGGCAAGCUGCGUCUGCAGAAGUGGUUCACGCCCAUGUCAGAGCGUGAGAAGAAGAAGAUCACCAGGGACAUGACCAUGAUGGUACUGGGACGGCAACCACGUUCCUGUAACUUCCUGCACUGGAAAGACCUGAAGAUUAUUUACAAGAGGUAUGCAAGCUUGUAUUUCUGCUUGGCCAUAGAGAACCAGGAGAAUGAGCUGAUAGCCCUGGAGGUUAUUCAUCGCUACGUGGAGCUGCUGGACAAAUACUUUGGCAAUGUGUGUGAGCUGGACAUAAUCUUUAACUUUGAGAAGGCCUAUUUUAUCCUGGAUGAGUUUCUAAUGGGCGGCGAAAUACAAGAAACUUCCAAACAAAUGGUGAACCGCUCCAUCGAAGCCUCGGACAUGUUGCAGGAGGAUGACAGCAGUGAGUGGUAUGAGGUGGAGCUGUUUGGAUGACCUUGAAUAUGGACAGAAAGACCAUGGAGGAGUAUAUGAGCAAACCUGCAUUUUAACCUGUGGAGGAAACUAAGGAGCAGCGGGGAGGAAUACAGGAACCAGACGUACUGUAUAUGAGUCAAAGAAGUUUCCCAAUAUGGAAUUUACUUUGAUUCUGUUGAACAUUUUCAAAAGAAGAAUAUCUGCUUGCCUUCUGUCUGAAGCUUUGCUGCGAUGUAACUGCAUUUAGCGUGACUGAUAUUUUCUCAAAGUCAUGUGCUCAGCUGAAGGAAAGGGGGAGGGCUGUUUUCAAAUUGAUGAUUGUCAUUUAAAUGAAGUAGUAAUAGAGGAUCAGGGAUUCAAAAAUGUAUUUUUAGGUUUGUGAAUUUGUUUAGUUUGUAUUUAAAUCAUGCAUUAAUAUAUCAGAAGUGACACUACCAGUUGACUUUGAAACAAUGGGGCUUGGAGUUGUGCUAGUCUGCAGCUCCACUUAAUAUUUAAAAAAAAGAAGAAGAAUGAUUUCAGUCUUAAAACCAACAGAUUGGACUAAAACCGAUUCUGAUGAAUUUCUUACUGCUUUUAAUCUAUAUAGCCCGCUUCACAUGUGUGGGACCAUUGCUCUUGAAAAGGAGCAGUUGCUAGUGUGGGUGUGAAUAUCACUGUUUGUUUUUUUUUAUCAUGUGCAGUUUAUGAUAUUGGAGCUUACUGUUUGAUUAAAAUGUGUAUUUUGAUAAAAUG